UUACCGCGCACGGUCACUCUCUUCUGUGUAUCAGAGCUGUUGUUGAUUUUUUGUGCAGAAAACUCUUGGCUUCCCCCGUUUUCCGCAAUUUGUUCCUUCGCAUCGCAUUGUGCAACUCGAGUACUAUCCAAGAAAACUGAACACUCAGGAGAAAAAAGCAGGGAAGCGGCAGUAGUGCGGCUUAUGGACUACGAGAAGCUGGCGCUGAACGCAGGCGGAGGCAGUAUAGCCGGUGGAGGAGGCGGAGGUGGUGGAAGCGGUGGCAGCGGCGCCGAACAGGAUCCGGCCAUGUGUGGGGGUCAGGAGCUGCUCGAAGGCAGGGCCAAGGAGAAGGCGCGUCGCUACUGGACGCCCAGCGAGGAGGAGCGCUUGUACGAGAUCUGGGGGCGCGACAACUGGCGCUUAACGCGCACCGGCAAAAAUACAAUUUUCUUCGGCCGCUGGGCCGAGGAGCUGCGCGACAGGUUCGCCGUGGACGUGAAGCCCGAGGAGAUCCAAAUGAAGGUCAACCAGACUAGAGCCAAGUUCAGGCAGGUGAAGAAGCAACUGCAGGCAGACCCCUCCAGCUACGCCACGCGUUGGAAGAAGUACGACAUAAUCAACCGCAUCCUCAAGAACCUGCAUAGGCCCAAGAACGCUGAUCCGCUGCCUCCAGAGGCGCUGCUCAACAACCGCGACAUGACACCGCCGCGAGAUGAUGCACCUGCGGAUCAGCUGCAACAGCAGCCACAACAACAGCAGCAACCUGUUCAGCAACAGAGUCUGGGACUGACCGCCGAGCCGCCGGCUGCCACCUUCUAUAACAGCAGCAGCAACAGCAAUCACGGCAGCAGCCACAACAACAACCACAGUGGCGGCAUGAGCUUUAGCACUGAGCUGUUCACAGACCAGUACGACGAAGUGGUCAAGCAGGAGUACGAGGACGACGACUACCGCUCUAUGCCCUUUCAGGAGCCACUGCAACAGUAUUCGCCAGCCGAGCCGGCUCAGCUGCUCGAGUUGCAAACGCCACAACAACAACAACAACAGCAGCAGCAGCAGCAAUUUCAACAGAACUACGAGCCGCAGUUUCAACAGCAGCCGGCCCAUUUCAACAACAGCAGCGGUAACAGCGUAGCAGCCACCUCGACUAUUAACCACCAGCCAAUCACGGCGGUUGCUUACAUCAACAGCAGCAACAACACAAUCAGCGUUGCCACAAAUGCGAACGGAGGCAUGCCGGCGCCAGUCCAGGCCUCAGCUUCAGCUCCGGCCGCUGUUGCUGCCCCAACCAGCAAUCCCCCCGGCGUUGGCUCUUCGCCAGUGCCCGUGCCACGAAAGCGUGGGCGGCCGUAUGGAUCCGUCAAUCCGCCACACGCCGACUCGCUCGAGGCCCUUUACAUGGAGGAGGUUCGUCGGAAGAACCAGCUACUCUACGAGCAGACCAAGAUCUGUCGCCAGCGGCUAGAGCUGGAGGAGCGAAAGGUCGGCCUCAUGCAGACUUUCUUUCCCAAGUGUCUCGAGCAGCAGGCGCAGAUCCUUAGCCACUUCACGCAGCUCCAGUCGCAACAGCAGCUUCCUCCGACUCAGCGGCCGCAGUGAAAACCUUUUCGGACUAUUAAACCUCAAGUUUGGACCGCAAUGCAUAAACUUUUGUUUUUUGUGUGUGUUGAUCAGUACCCUAAAACCUAAAAAAAACACAAGCAACACUUUAAUUAAGAUUAAUUAAGACUACACUUAAUUAAUAAAUAAAAAUAAUUUCAAGAAAUGCUAUAUUCUCUUUGGUGACGACUUUACCGAAAACUGACUAGAAGAAUUGAGAAUACGCGUCUUAUGAGAACUUAAUUUUUUGUUAAUCCAUUGAUUCGCUAAUAUUGUUUCCGAAAAAUUCGAUUUAUACCCGUUUUAUAGCUAUACAUAUUUCAUUGUAAUCUUGUCAAAAAUACGCAUCUAAUGAAAUCUCAGUUGUUAAAAUCGAAAGCGCUCUUGAAAAGUUAUUCCGGUCUAUAAAUAUGCAUAUGCAUUUUAUUUGAAAACGGAGUAAUUAAAAACCCGGUCGUAAGUUUAAAUAAAGAAGAAAUUAAGCUAACUUGGCGACAUAUUUAUAACAUAAGGUUAUAAACAUAACUAUUAA